UAUAUGGGUUUAUAAAAAUAUAAUAACUGUAGGGUUUAAACUCGUACGCUCAUACAGUCGUCCACAUAAAAUAUCAUCCGAACAUUAAGAGUAUUGAAGAAUAGUCGAAAAAAUCGCAACAUUACAGCCGUAAAUAAAAUACAAAUUGUGAGCGAUUUCCCUAGUGUGAAUUUUAUGUGCGAAUAAAAUAAUGAAAGUAUACGCUUAUUUUUAAAUGUCGAGGUUUUUCAUUGACGAAAAAUUAAGAACAUAGUGCUCUAUUAAAAAAACUUACCGGUGCAUAUUACGGAGUCUGUAUAAAGAUAUAUUUUGAAAAUUCGGUGUUUUAAAUAGAAGUCGGAGUUAAAACUGGAUGUAGUAUUGCAAAAUAUGUAGAUGUGACCAAAGGUAUAAUAAUAAAAUAAUAUUUGAUCUUCAAUUCGUCAAGUGAAAAUGGAAACGCAAAUACUGAUGGCAUUGACACUGACAAUCUGUGAUGUCAAUUCAAUACUCAAUACAUUUUUCGCUAAAAAAUAUCGCAACCCAAACAACCUGUUUCCGUAAGUGAUCGAUUACUCUUUCAAAGGAUGAGUAUAAGUAUUUUGUCUUCAUCGUAAAAUAUACAGGUUCUGAGUUCUGAAAUUUUUAUGGUUGAGGACAGAAAAUGUAAAAUAACAAAGGGCUAGGUAACAACGUCAUGCAGAGAAAUAUUGUCUAUCAACUAUGCGAAACUUCUGAGAAUGAUUGAAAACAGCCAUACACUUAAUAGUACAUUCUGUAUACAUGUAUCUAUGUGGUUGGCCUUCUCAAAAUCAAUGUUUCUUUUAAUAAAUUCUAUUAUUCACAAGCAGUUAUGUUUUUAUUUCUUUAUGCAAAUGCACCAUUCAUUUUAGUUAUUAGAUAGAAUUUAGUAAUAUUCAAGUCAAAUUUAAAUAGCUUGCAUAACACAUUAUAGCUUGGUUUAUCUUACCAUCACUGCACAGCCUGUGAAAAUAAUAACUUCAUUUGUUAUGCACCUAAUUGUUGUGCUUAUAUUGUGUAGUUAUAGUUUUUCUUCAGCUACGGUUGCAAGACUUCUAAGAGAUGGGGCAAAAAUGCAUGGAUCUCAGCGGGUAAUUAUGUUCUGCCUUCUGACUACAAUUCUACCCACAACUUUGAUAGUGUCAUCACUGUAUCUAAGGAAUAUUAGAUAUGCUGAUGUUAUGUACAAAAUAUCAGAUUCAGAUGUCAUCCAAAUCCAUAAGGGACAAUCAUCAAUUUUCUGUGAAAAACAUUCCUUGAAAAUGAACAACACAUUCAAUGCAUUCCAAAUGAAAGGCAGACCUGAACUAUCUAACAAGACAAGACACAUUAAAUUAAGAAAAUCAAUGAAAAUGCCAGAUGAUACUUUAGAAUAUUGGGGUUUCUUUCUCUUUGCUGGAGCAACUGUUGAACUGAAAGCCUGUUCCAGAUAUGAAGGUUCAAAAAUAUUAGUAGUAAAAGGAGACAAAAUUCUAAACACUUGUGGAAUAUUAGAUGGUAGUAAAUACAGAAAAGAUCCAUCAUUAAUUGAUAAACAAGGUCAAGUAUCUGUAACCUUGGAAAAUCUCGGAAAAAAAGGAAAUGAUGUACCAUUGUUAGAGAAGAAACAUGAAAAUGUGGGGGAACAAUCAAAUGAACGUGAGGAUAUUCAAGACAAUUUAGAUAAUAAACAUUCCAAUAAAAGACAAAAAAGAUCAGGAGCAAGUAUGCCAUUGCACAAUCCAAAUACUGUAUUGGACACAGGAGUUUAUCAUGGUGGGAAUGCAAAUAAUGCGACAAAUAUAUCAGAAGAUGCUUCAGUAUCAAGCUUUGAGAACAAUUUACACGAAUGUUACAAUGAUAACAUACUAAUGAACAAUUUCUUUCCAUAUUCUAAGGAAUGUAAUAGUACCAACUAUUUAGAAAAUACUACAAUAUUAAAGGUUGAACAUAAAAUACAAUCUGACGGGUAUUAUUACUAUAUAUUUUAUAGUGACAAUGAUUUGGUGAAUAAUGAUAUUCAUGCAAUAUUUGAUAUUUAUAAACCAACAUUCCAAUAUGCUAACAUGUCAGACACCAAGGUCUGUCUCAACAGUACUGAAUGUGAGUUUGAUAUAAGUAUUUUUAGUGAUGAGUUGGUAAUAGUGGAAGUUCCCACGACUGAUGGCUUUAAAAAUGAUAAAUCAUUUAUUUUAACUUCUGUAUGUCACCCUCGAACCUCAGUAUAUAUUAUUUUCCCAGUGUCAGUUUUGUUGUUGAUACUUCUGUUUGCAUUUUUAUGAUAUUUCUUGAAAGUUUGGUCAUAUUCUUUACUGAUUCGGGUGAAUAUUACCAGAAAUGUGAUAUUAAUUUAUUGACAUAGAUAUUAUUGUUAAGUAGAUAAUUGAAUAGAAAUGUUGAUCUAUUUAUUAUUAUUCAUUGUUAUUCUAAAUAUAUUAUUAUUCUUGAUUGGUCUUUUAUUAACCUUUAUUGAUCAGAUCACAGUUUUGUACACUACAGGAAGUGGUAUUUUCCUUAGGAAAUUAGAAAUCUUGUUAGCAACUAAUGUAGCAGUUUAUUGAAUUUCAGAUAAAUAAUGUUAGCACAUUUACACCAAUAGACUGAUUGCUGAUAAAUGUUUAAACAAUACUAGUAGUUUCUGGUACUUAGCUUAUAUUUAAGGACUAUAUAGACAGAGCAACAUUGUUCUGGAAACAAAGUCGAGAUCCAUCGCUUCAACUAAUAUUACGCUUUUCUUACUACAGAUCCACUUUGAACGUUAUAUAAUCUGCAAAAUUAGGAACCUUAAUUACCAACUUCAUUAUACUUUGAACAAAAUUUAUUUCAAAAAUAUAAAUAAAUCGAAAUGAACAUAAAACCAUGUAGAAAACAAUAAAAUGCAAAAAGCAGUGGUUGGGGAUACAGGAUAACAAAAAGGACCUGUGUUAUAAAAAAAGUUACUUAUUAAGGAAAUUUUGAUUUAUUAUUUCCACAUAGUUGUGUCCAAAGUGCGUUUCAACAGGCUGAGUGGGGAGGUCUUCUGUAAACAAAAUUUGUACAAUUGAGUAAAAUGCGCCACGAGAAUUAAGGUUCCGAUCGGGAGUGGAGUGCUAUGGCGUAUGUCAAUAACAAUACAGGAAUAUUAUAUUUAAUUUUAUUUAUUUACCGUAUUACAAAAACAGUUACCAUAUUAUGUACAACUGGAAAAAAGAAUUACACAAUACAUUUCCUUCUGGUACUUUUGUGAUUGAAAUAGCCUCUCCAGUACCCGAUGAGACCUCUCUGCAAAUGGCAGAGGGGCCUACGCGGAACGGGGGCCAUCCGGCCGAGCCGGUCUUACUCCUACGUAUAUUUAUUAAACUUAUAAUGAUACGUCUAUAGUAUAAUGUAUUCAUUAAUUAAA